AUGCCGCGAUUCGUCAUCGGCGUUCUUGGAGACACCGGUUCUGAAAAGAGCUCCCCCAUCAAUGCAGUUUUGGACGAGGAGCGAGUUGUUCCUACCAACUGCAUGCGUGCAUGCACAGCUGUGAUCAUGGAAAUAUCGUGGAACGACUCCGAUAACCCGAACAUGGAUUAUCGCGCCGAGAUCGAUUUCAUUACCCAGGCUGAGUGGACUGCCGUGGUCGCUGCCCUCCACCGCGACAUCCUUGACAACAGGGGGAUGCUUUCUGUGGAUAUCAGGAAUGCGGACAGUGAUGCUGGCAUUGCAUAUUCUGUCUUGAAGGCUGUCUAUCCGAAGCAUUCUGACAAGCAGCUCAGAUUUGCCACCCCCGAAGUUCUUGCAAACUCCGGAAAGGUGCGAGAGGUUUUCGUAGAUCCAGAGAGUAAGCGUAACGUGUCUGGCGCAGAAGUCGAGGAUGCUGAACCUCAGGAGCCGGAGAUGGCGUACUGGCCUCUGAUCAAGGUCGUGCCGGGUUUUCUGAAGUCAGAAGUGGUAUCUACCGGCAUGGUCAUUCCCCGAGGUCGCCACACCAAUGCUACUCGCGCUACCGUUGCCACCAAGUACCUCAAAGAUUGCUCAAGACUGUGGGUGGUCGCCCUCAUCACCCGCACAGUUGAUGAUAAGACGGCCAAGACUCUUGUUGAAGAUCAUUGCACACAGCAACUUAAGUAUGACGGAGCUUACAACAACAUCACGUUCGACUCGGCCUUCAAUGGCCGCUUGCCUGAGAAACUUACGACACUUGCCGCUUCUUGCAAGCAGCUGAUUGAGUCGUUCCACGAGCGCAUGAAAGACAGGCGAUUUCUUGUCGGGAACAACGACUUAGUAAAUGGGUUCCUUGUCGUGAUUUUGGCUGCACAGAAGGAGAAGCUCGCCCCUAUCGCCAAGGAGCAUCAAAAGCUGGUACAGAGCGCCCAAAAGGACGCCAAUCGUCUCUUCGGUCCCGUUUUUCGGGAAGCCAUGAUUGAAGCCUACCAAGGCUGCGUCGACUUGAGAGCAGGAACCAGAUCUUUCAUCCUCAUGAAGGAUCUCAUGAGGGAGAAGGUUGGAUCCCAGAAGUCUAUCAUGUUCAAGACCGCCGCCGGAGAUGUGGAGAAAGCCGCCAAUGCAAUGCUUAGCGCCCUUGAAAAGGCGAUCCGCGACGACACGAAUAGGGUUGUGAACGCCAUGCAGGAGGACUACAUCGGCCUGAUUGGAGAGGUGGCUACCACGGCUGACAACCGCGCCCGAAAGGUUCUGAGCCCCGUACUUCAUGAGUUCUACAUGAAGCUGAAUGACGCCCUGACUCCUGCAAAGGAGGAAGCAGUCGCCCCUGAGCCGAUCGAUCUUGAGAUCGACGUGGGAGAUGGCAGUGACGAUGAGUACCGGCCGGACGAAGGCAUGAGCGAUUGAUGACGGGACAAGGGAACUUGCAAGAAUUGUGAUAUUGGAAUCUGUCUCUGGUCCGUGUGGAAUGCGGGAUAUGGAUAUUCGAACUGGCUGCUGAUGGUACUUGCUCCUACUAUAUCAAAGCACGUUGAGUUGGGGUAUGAAGAUUCUGAAUAGUCACAGGGAAAUUGC